AUGGAGAACUAUGAAAAAAUGGAGAAAAUCGGAGAGGGCACCUACGGUGUGGUGUAUAAAGCCCGCGACCUGGCCCAUUCGAACCGCAUUGUCGCUUUGAAGAAGAUCCGACUGGAGGCCGAAGACGAAGGUGUUCCCAGUACUGCAAUCCGCGAAAUAUCUCUGCUCAAAGAGAUGAACGAUCCAAAUAUCGUCCGGUUGUUUAAUAUUGUCCAUGCCGAUGGCCACAAGCUUUAUCUCGUUUUUGAAUUCCUUGACCUCGAUCUGAAGAAAUACAUGGAAGCCCUACCAGUCAGCCAAGGAGGCCGAGGAAAGGCACUCCCAGACGGAUCAAACAUGAACUUGAAUCGGAUGGGCCUGGGAGUAGCCAUGGUUAAAAAAUUCAUGGCACAGCUUGUGGAAGGCAUUCGUUACUGCCAUAGCCACAGAAUUCUCCAUCGGGAUCUGAAGCCUCAGAACUUGCUUAUCGACCGGGAAGGCAACCUUAAACUGGCCGAUUUUGGUCUUGCUCGGGCGUUCGGUGUCCCGUUGCGAACCUACACUCACGAGGUCGUGACUUUAUGGUACCGUUCCCCUGAGAUUCUCCUUGGUGGGCGGCAGUACUCUACAGGUGUGGACAUGUGGUCGGUUGGAGCCAUCUUUGCCGAGAUGUGCACUCGCAAGCCACUGUUCCCUGGUGAUUCGGAAAUUGACGAGAUUUUCAAGAUUUUCCGUCUCCUCGGUACGCCUGAUGAGAAUACAUGGCCGGGCGUCACCUCAUUCCCCGACUUCAAAGCCUCGUUUCCGAAAUGGAGGCGCAACAUGAGCCAUCCUCUUGUUGCUGGGCUAGAACCUGCCGGUCUGGAGCUGUUGGAAAUGCUUCUCGAAUACGAUCCGGCACGUCGCAUUUCUGCUAAACAGGCUUGUGCACACCCCUAUUUUGCCCAGGGCAGCGCAUACUACUCUGGCCGCGGCCGCGUUAAUGGGUACUAA